AUGGACAAAAACCACGACCCCGACGAUACGUCGGCGUCCGAACCUCAUGGCGAAUACUACUCUGAAAACAAGAACGAAGAACGCAGAUCCGAUGAUUUGCCUGUUCGCAAGCUAAACACCCACGAUUUCACCAGUGUGGAAACCCUACACGUACCUCACACCAACAUCCGCGAAGCCAGCAGUGCCGAGACCCUAUAUGCUGGCAACGGCAAAGCCCCGGAAUCACCCAAGAAGGACGUUACCUGGCACAUGAAGCAUCAUGUUAUUCGGAAUGCAGAGCGAGACGAAGCUGCCGGUUUCAAAAGGCGUGAGCUUGGUGUCACAUGGCAAGACCUAACGGUCGAUGUCCUUGCCGCCGAGGCCGCCGUCAAUGAAAACAUGAUCUCGCAAUUCAAUGUUCCUCAGUUGAUCCGAGACUUCCGCCGCAAACCACCACUCAAGUCUAUUUUGUCAGAAAGUCAUGGCUGCGUGAAGCCUGGUGAAAUGCUCCUUGUCUUGGGCCGGCCCGGCUCGGGAUGUACCACACUUCUCAAGAUGCUGUCCAACCGCCGCGAGGGCUACCAUUCCAUAAAGGGUGAUGUGCGAUUUGGAAACAUGAGUGCUUCCGAAGCCGAGAGCUAUAAUGGUCAGAUUGUGAUGAACACAGAAGAAGAACUGUUCUAUCCCAGAUUGACUGUCGGCCAAACCAUGGACUUCGCCACCAGAAUGAAAGUUCCAUUCCAUCUACCAGAUGGAACCAACAGUGCUACAGACCAUACAGCCGAGACGAAGCAGUUCCUCUUGGAAUCUAUGGGCAUCGCACACACAGCCGAUACAAAGGUCGGAAACGAAUUUGUCCGUGGUGUAUCCGGCGGCGAACGGAAACGAGUCUCUAUUGUCGAGUGUCUUGCAACCAAGGGUUCUAUUUUUUCUUGGGAUAACAGUACCCGUGGUUUGGAUGCCAGUACUGCAUUGGAGUGGGCAAAAGCUCUUCGUGCCAUGACCGAUGUCCUCGGUCUUUCUACUAUUGUCACCCUGUACCAAGCAGGAAACGGAAUUUAUAACCUCUUCGACAAGGUCUUAGUUCUUGACGAGGGCAAGCAAAUUUACUAUGGCCCUGCCGCCGAAGCCAAGCCUUUCAUGGAAGAUCUUGGUUUUGUUUACACUGAUGGAGCAAAUAUCGGUGAUUUCCUCACUGGUUUGACUGUUCCGACAGAGCGAAGAAUCAGACCAGGCUGCGAAAACACAUUCCCUAGAAAUGCCGAUGCCAUUUUGGCUGAAUACGAAAAGUCCGAGACUUACAAAAAGAUGGCAUCCCAUUAUGACUAUCCCGACACUGACCUGAGCCGUGACCGCACGGAUGCGUUUAAACACUCGGUCGCGUGGGAAAAGUCGAGGCAUCUCCCAAAGGGAAGCAACUUGACCACUAGCUUCUGGGCUCAGGUCAACGCAUGCACCACUCGACAGUAUCAAAUCUUGUGGGGUGAGAAAUCCACUUUCUUGAUCAAACAGGUUUUGUCGUGCGUGAUGGCCUUGAUCGCCGGUUCAUGUUUCUAUGACUCUCCGAACACAUCUGAAGGACUAUUCACGAAGGGUGGUGCGGUCUUCUUCUCUCUGCUGUACAACUGCAUCGUGGCCAUGUCUGAGGUUACCGAAUCUUUCAAGGGCCGCCCGGUUUUGGUAAAGCAUAAAUCAUUUGCCAUGUAUCACCCAGCUGCUUUCUGCUUGGCUCAAAUCACAGCCGAUUUCCCGGUUUUGUUGUUCCAGUGCUCUAUCUUCUCGGUUGUCAUCUAUUGGAUGUCUGGCUUGAAACACACUGCGGCUGCUUUCUUCACCUUCUGGAUCAUUUUGUUUACCACAACCUUGUGUAUCACCGCUUUGUUUAGAUUCAUCGGAGCCGCGUUCAGUACCUUUGAGGCCGCAUCGAAGAUCUCGGGAACCGCCGUCAAGGGUAUUGUCAUGUAUGCUGGUUACAUGAUCCCGAAGCCUAAGAUGAAGAACUGGUUCCUCGAAUUGUAUUACACGAACCCAUUUGCCUACGCAUUCCAAGCCGCAAUGUCCAACGAAUUCCACGACCGUCAUAUCCCUUGUGUCGGUAUGAACUUGAUCCCGAGCGGUCCUGGUUAUGAGAAUGUUGGAAUAGCCAACAAAGCUUGCGCGGGUAUUGGUGGCGCUUUGCCCGGUGCAGACUAUGUCACUGGUGAUCAGUAUCUUGGAUCUCUUCAUUACAAGGCCUCUCAGAUGUGGAGAAACUUUGGUGUCGUCUGGGGAUGGUGGGGAUUUUUCGCCGUUCUCACCAUUAUUUGCACAUCGUACUGGAAGUCGGGUGGUGCAUCUGGUGCAACCCUACUCAUUCCACGCGAGAAGCUGAAGAAGCACCAGGCUGCCAGCUCCGAUCCAGAGGCACAAAACAAGGAAAAGGAGACUGCACGCCAAACUACUGAUGAGCCUGUUGAGGUUGACGAUGACAACCUCUCUCGAAACACGUCUAUCUUCACUUGGAGAAAUCUCACCUAUACUGUCAAAACUCCCACUGGCGACCGGGUGUUGUUGGAUAAUAUCCACGGCUGGGUUAAGCCCGGUAUGCUUGGUGCCCUCAUGGGUUCUUCGGGUGCCGGAAAAACGACCCUACUCGACGUUCUUGCACAGAGAAAGACAGACGGUACCAUCAAGGGUUCUAUCAUGGUUGAUGGACGACCGCUUCCGGUUUCCUUCCAGAGAAUGGCUGGCUAUUGUGAGCAGUUGGAUGUUCAUGAGCCAUACGCGACCGUGAGAGAAGCCCUCGAGUUCUCUGCCCUUCUACGCCAAUCCCGCAAUAUUCCCAAGGCAGAAAAGCUGAAGUAUGUAGACACUAUCAUUGAUCUUCUUGAGCUUCACGAUCUAGCAGAUACUCUUAUUGGCUCUGUUGGCAAUGGACUCAGCGUCGAGCAAAGAAAGCGUGUCACAAUCGGCGUGGAACUAGUGUCUAAGCCUAGUAUUUUGAUAUUCUUGGAUGAGCCCACAUCCGGUCUUGAUGGACAAUCCGCCUAUAACACAGUACGCUUCCUUCGCAAGUUGGCUGAUGUGGGCCAGGCUGUUUUGGUCACAAUACAUCAACCCUCAGCACAACUCUUCGCUCAAUUUGACACCCUUCUCCUGCUUGCGAAGGGCGGAAAGACCGUCUAUUUCGGAGACAUUGGUGCUAACGCCGCUACAAUUAAGCACUACUUUGGUCAAUAUGGAGCUGAGUGUCCUACCGAUGCCAACGCAGCUGAGUUUAUGAUUGAUGUGGUCACUGGUGGUAUCGAAGCUGUCAAGGACAAGGACUGGCAUCAGAUCUGGCUCGAUUCUCCUGAGCAAACACGGAUGAUCCAAGAAUUGGACGAAAUGAUCGAGGACGCUGCUGUCAAGCCUCCAGGAACAGUUGACGAUGGGUUUGAAUUCUCGAUGCCUCUUUGGGAGCAGACCAAGAUCGUCACUCAGCGCAUGAAUGUUGCGCUUUUCCGAAACACCAACUAUGUCAACAACAAGUUCUCUCUUCACAUCAUUUCGGCUUUACUCAAUGGCUUCUCCUUCUGGCGUCCUGGCCCCAGUGUGGUAGCUUUGAACCUGAAGAUGUUCACGAUUUUCAAUUUUGUCUUCGUCGCACCCGGUGUCAUCAACCAGCUUCAACCCCUAUUCAUCCAACGCCGUGACAUCUACGAUGCCCGUGAAAAGAAGUCCAAGAUGUACUCGUGGGUCGCGUUUGUGACGGGACUCAUUGUUUCCGAGUUCCCGUACCUCUGCAUCUGUGCCGUUCUCUACUUUGCGUGUUGGUACUACCCCGUUUGGAGAUUGCCUCACGACUCCGACCGAUCUGGAGCUAUCUUCUUCAUAAUGCUUAUAUACGAACUGAUUUAUACUGGCAUUGGCCAGUUUAUUGCUGCCUAUUCUCCCAACCCGACCUUCGCUGCGCUGGUGAACCCACUGGUAAUCAGCUUCCUUGUUCUCUUCUGUGGUGUCUUUGUUCCAUACAAUCAGCUCAACGUAUUCUGGAGAUACUGGAUGUACUGGCUUAAUCCAUUCAACUACGUCGUCUCUGGAAUGUUGACAUUUGGCAUCUGGGAUGCGAAGGUCACUUGCAACGAGGAUGAGUUCGCCUAUUUUGACCCGACCAACGGAACCUGCGGACAGUACUUGUCGAACUAUAUGGCGGGGAAUGGCUGGAGAAUCAAUUUGCUUAACCCUGACGCUACCUCGGCAUGCAAGGUCUGUCAAUACAAAAAUGGCAGUGACUACUUGACAACCCUCAACAUCAAUCAUUACUAUGUUGGAUGGAGAGAUGCAGCUAUAUGUGUGAUUUUCGCUAUCAGCGGAUACGCUUUGGUCUUUGCAUUGAUGAAGUUGAGAACCAAGGCUUCGAAGAAAGCCGAAUAG